AUGGCUAGCCGCAGCCAUCGGAGCAUCCCCUACUGCGGCCGAAAAACCAAAAAGAAUAUUCAUCUGAACAUUGCCACCUGGAAUGUCCGCACCCUACUGGACAUGCCUAUAGCAUCCAACAGACCUUGCCGAAGGACAGCUCUUGUAGCCCUUGAGCUUGCAAGAUACAACAUAGACAUUGCAGCCCUCAGUGAGACCAGGUUACAUGGCGAGGAUUCCCUGACGGAAGUAGGUGCAGGCUACACCUUCUUCUGGAAAGGGGUUCCCGAAGGCAUGCGUCGUAUCCACGGUGUGGGUUUUGCUGUGAAAACCAAGCUGCUGCAGCAAAUUCCGGAAUCCCCUGUGGGCAUCAGUGAGCGCCUGAUGACAUGGCGCAUUCCUCUUACCAAGAAGCGCUUUGCCACACUCAUCAGUGCUUAUGCACCAACCCUGGAUGCAGAUAACAACACAAAAGAAGAUUUCUACCAUCGUCUUGAUGAAGUCAUCCAGAAAGUCCCAGCUGCCGACAAACUCCUUCUUAUGGGUGACUUUAAUGCACGAGUGGGAAACGAGCAUCUCAUCUGGAAGAAGGUCAUUGGUCAGCAUGGAGUAGGAAAAAUGAACAACAAUGGGCACUGCCUACUAUCCCUCUGUGCAGAGCAUGAGUUGCUUAUCACUAAUAGCACCUUCCAAAUGAAAAAACAUUGCAAAACUACCUGGCAACAUCCCAGAUCUAAACACUGGCACCUUUUGGACUACAUUAUUGUUCGCCAAAAGGACAGACAGGAUGUGAUGAUCACUAGAGCCAUGCGGUUAGCAGAGUGCUGGACUGACCACCGCAUGGUCAGAUCCAAACUACGCCUGGUCAUCCCACCUUGCUGUCCCAAGACGGCCCCAAAGACUAGAAGACUAAACAUCGCCGCUCUCUCCAACCCAGACACCAUUGAUGACCUCCGUCGCCACCUUGCAUGCAACCUCUCUCAUGUCCCAGAGGAAGCUGAUGCCAAAGACUGGCCAGUUCUAUCUGCCGCCAUCCACUCUGCCGCCUCAACAGCCCUUGGCACCAAGGUCAGAAAACAUCAGGACUGGUAUGACAACAACUCUUCUUAUAUCCAUUUGACUCUGCAAGAAAAACAGCAGGCCCACAAAGCCCUGCUCUCCAACCCACAAUCCUUCAUGCUAAAAGACAACUACACCAAGGCUAGAGCCAAAGCACAGCUAUCUGCUGCUGGAGACAGCCUCCUGAAGGACCGCCAAGAGAUCCUUGAGCGCUGGGCCGAACAUUUUAAUGGUCUCCUCAAUCACAGCAACCCUGCAGACCCCAACAUCCUUGACAAGGCGCCUGUUAUGCCACAGAUGCGACACUUGGACAGCCCUCCUGACUUCGGAGAAACAUCCAAGGCGAUCAGGAGCCUGAAAAAUAACAAAAGCCCAGGACCCGAUGGUAUUCCAGCGGAGGUGUUCAAACAUGGGGGCUACCUCCUCACACGCCGCUUACACCUCUUGAUCACCAAAAUCUGGCAGUCUGAGAAUGUACCCCAGGACUGGAAGGAUGCCAACAUCAUCAUUCUCUAUAAGCAGAAAGGGGACAGAGCAGACUGUGGCAACAGUCGAGGAAUUUCGCUCCUCUCCACAGCAGGCAAAGUCCUAGCAAAGAUCAUGCUCUCCCAACUUGUCGAGUACAUCUCAGAACUUACUCUCCCUGAAACACAGUGUGGCUUCCGCAAGUGCAGGUCCACAACUGACAUGAUCUUUGCUCUACGGCAGCUACUUGAGAAAAGCAGAGAGCAGCGCAGAGACCUCUACAUCACCUUCAUCGACCUCAGCAAAGCCUUUGACACCAUUAACCAUGACAUGCUCUGGGAACAACUUGCCAAACUUGGUGUACCACCCAAGUUCCUCUCCAUUCUGCAACAAUUGCACGAUGGCAUGCAAGCCAGAGUUGUUAUGGGAGGGCUUCAGUCUGAUCCCUUCAAGGUCAAUGUUGGGGUGAAGCAAGGCUGUGUCCUGGCAACAGUACUGUUCAAUCCCCUCCUCACAGCAAUCACCCGUCUGUUCCACCGCGCCCUGCAGCACAAAGAUGGUAUAGACCUAGAUACCGCCUUGAUGGCAACCUCUUCAACAUCCGGCGGCUCCAAGCUCAGACAAAAACACCAACCUGCCACAUCCACGAGCUCCAGUAUGCAGAUGACUGUGCUGUCUUGGCACACAGCCCAGAAUCCAUGCAGCAUGCCCUGGACACCAUCUCAGCAUUAUUCCACCCUUGACAGUGAAAUCCACCAUCGGAUCAACAAAGCCUCAUCAGCCUUUGGGCGCCUUAGGAAGAGAGUAUUCGGCAACAACAACCUAAAAAUCAGUACCAAAGUAGCUGUCUAUAAUGCAGUCUGUGUCACCACCCUACUCUAUGGGGCAAAAACAUGGACGCCGUAUAGACGCCACAUAAACAGCCUGGAGAUGUUUCACAUCAGAUGCCUCCAAAAAAUACUCAACCUGUCCUGGGAGGACCGCAUCCCCCAUACUGACAUUCUGACUGCGACUGGCAGGCAGACCCCACCUCCCAAUCAUCAGGACAUACCUGCUCCAUCUGUGGAAGAGUGUGCGGCUCCAAAAUCGGCCUCCAUAGCCACGUGA